GUUGUGUGCCAAAUACAACACUAUACAUAAAUAGAGAUUAAAUAAUUGGGAAGAAGCAAGGAAGAGAUGGAUGAGGCAUUCAUUCCCACAGUUGAUCUCUCUCCUUUCCUGAGAGAGGAUGAGGAUGGAAGAAAGAAAGCAAUGGAAGCAAUCACCGAAGCCUGUUCUGAAUAUGGUUUCUUCCAAAUUGUGAAUCAUGGGGUUUCCCUAGAUUUGAUUAAAGAGGCCUUGCAGCUAUCUAAGUCCUUUUUUGAUUACUCUGAUGAAGAAAAGAACAAGAGCAGUGCUUCAUCUGAUGCACCACUUCCUGCUGGCUACAAUAGACAGCCUCUUCAUUCCCCUGACAAAAAUGAGUACUUGCUGGUCUUUCCUCCAGAAUCCAGCUUCAAUGUCUUCCCUCAAAAUCCUCCCAACUUCAGGGACGUGGUUGAAGAAAUGUUUGUGCAAAUGAGCAAGAUGGGUGUGCUGUUAGAGACCAUUAUAAACGAGUGUUUGGGGCUCCCAACCAACUUCUUGAAAGAAUUCAACAAUGAUAGGAGUUGGGAUUUCAUGGUGGCCUUGCGUUACUUUCCAGCUUCCAACAAUGAGAAUAAUGGAAUCACAGAGCAUGAAGAUGGCAAUUGUCUUACCUUUGUUAUCCAGGAUGGAGUGGGAGGCUUGCAGGUUCGGAAGAAUGGAGAGUGGAUCCCUGUUGUUCCAGCAGAAGGCACUAUUGUAGUCAAUGUUGGAGAUGUUAUCCAGGUCUUGAGUAACAAAAAAUUCAAGAGUGCUACUCACCGAGUUGUGAGAACCAAAGGACGAAGUAGGUACUCUUAUGUGUUCUUCCAUAACUUAACAGGAGACAAGUGGAUUGAACCAUUGCCACAAUUCACCAAAGACAUUGGGGAGCCACCUAAGUAUAGAGGAUUCCAAUUUAAGGAGUAUCAAGAAUUGAGAAUGAGGAACAAGUCCCAUCCACCUUCUCGGCCUGAGGAUGUGAUCCACAUUACUCAUUAUGCAAUUGAUACCUAGACGUACUAUUGGAUAGAUCCUUUACUAGCAACAAAAAUAGUCAUGCUCAGUUCGAGUUUCAGGGUUGUUUGUGAACUAUAUUAUGGUUCAUUGUUGCUCCCAUGUGGCCUAAAAGGAUAUAAAAGUGGUCUUAUCAAAAUUCAUCAAGCUUUUUGCAUGCAUUCCACAUUCUAAUAAUCAAAUUUGGAAUUUAGUUGAA